AUGGCCUAUGGGCUGCGUCGUGCCGGAGAGAAGCUCAAGAUCAUCUCCAAAAUGAACCGUUGGACUCGCAAUCAGGAAGAGGAGCAGAGUGCAGAGGUCCAAUCCUCUAGACGGUGCCAUCUUCUCGAAUUACCCACCGAGUUGCUUCUAGAGAUCAUUUCGCACCUACCAGUCUUGCCUGAAGCUUGUCUGGCCCUCACCUGUAAACGCAUGCACGCCAUAUCCGCUACCAUUCUGGACUCAAAAUCCCUCCACUUCAACCGAGACUUCGCGCCGUUGUUCCACCACUACCGAAAUGGACAUAACUUUGUGACGCCGCGCUGGCAGUUCGUCAAUCUGCUCGAAACCAGCAAAUGGCGCGCCUGUUCCAAAUGCCUGAAGCUUCAUCCGCGGAGCUCGUUUCCAUCGAGAGAGCUGAAGAGAAAGCCCGAGGAGAGAGCUUGUAAUUUAGGCUCUCUUGGCGGCAUCGUCGACUUGUGCCCAUGCAAGAAGCUGACUUUCGCCGACAAGUUAGACCUGAUCAAUCUGCUCAAAAUGCGCCGGAAUUCAGUGGCAAUCUUAGAAGCUCAGUUUGGAACCGGGGUCCAAGAACGCUUCUGCUGGCAUUCUUGCAAUGAGAAUUACGGGACGACGCAGCUGCAAGUCGACAUAUUCCCCGAGCUGGGUGAGGAUGACCAGCUCAUGAUCAAAACCGAAUAUCAUCUAUCUACGGGGUCCGGGCAGCUUGGCAAAGAAGAAUACAUGACGCCGCGAUUUGGAUGCGCCCAUCGAUCCGUCGACCUAUGGUUGUCCAGCGUCUGUCAGACCACUAUUUGUCGCCAGUACGACAGCUUCUGUACCUCGUGCAAACGAAUCUCUGUCUGCAACACCUGCAAUUCCACCCUGAAAUGCCCUCGCAAACAGCCUUUACGGAUCGAUCAGGGAUCUGAGCAAGCUACGUACUAUUUCUGGACCGAACGAUGUCUCGGAGGCCCAUCACCUAUUCCCGACCAAACGUGGGCUGCGCAACGGAUUCACCCUGCGGAGAACUUGAUCGAUGUGGAUAACUGCAGUGAACUCUGUCCGUGGACCGUCCGCGAGCACCCACCCCUCCCCAAUGCUCCAAACCUGGACAUGGAUAUCCUCAACAACGGCAUUCAAGAUCAGUCGAUGAGUCAGCUGUAUUCUUCGAUCAAUAUGAUUUGA